ACUGAAGAAAAUAGACAUGGCCGCCGCAAAGAGGGCGGAGUGAUGUGCCGUGUCAGAAACUUUCUCUCGGAAUAUGGCAGCUGGAGCGUGAUAUAUUGUUUUCUGUACAUCAAGGAACCCCACACAAUUAUUUAAAGCAUCCUAAAUGACAGUAAAUGGCUGAAAUCGCAUUAAAGAGGAGUCUACCGAUUUGUUUCCAUGGAGACAACGUCAACGAGUGAUCCCAUCCCUUCUGAAGAAGGGAAUCCUGAUGGCCCGGGAAGCCCCGAACUGGAGUUGUUGGCAAAACUUGAAGAAGCAAACAGGAAACUGGAAGCUGAUGAGAAGUCUUGCAACGCCCUGGUAGCUCAUUCCCCCAACCCCGGGCACUCGCGGAAAGGCUCUGGCUCUAGUGUGAUCUCUACCACUUCCUCAAACAGCCACUACAGUGCUCAAGUCUCCUACGAGGAGGAGGCAGCUGCCAAUCCAUCUGAAAACUUGUGGGAGACAUGGGGUCGUCUCGUCAACGAGUGGGACAGUAUCAAGAAAAAAACAGGCUACAUCAAGGAACUGGUUCGGAAAGGGAUUCCGCAUCAUUUCCGUGGUCUAGCCUGGCAGCUGUUACUUGGGGUUAAUGACUCCCAGUUCAAACAGCUGUACGCAGAAUAUCUCAAGAAAACCUCACCAUGUGAGAAACUUAUACGCCGAGAUAUUGCAAGGACUUUUCCCGAUCACGAUUUCUUCAAAGAGAAGGAUGGGUUAGGACAGGAAAGUCUUUUCAAUGUCAUGAAGGCGUACUCUCUCCAUGACCGUGAGGUCGGAUACUGUCAGGGCAGCGGGUUCAUCGUGGGACUUCUACUUAUGCAGAUGCCAGAGGAAGAAGCGUUUGCUGUCCUGGUCCGCCUGAUGCAGGAGUUCCGCAUGAGGGAGAUGUUCAAGCCCAGCAUGGCGGAGCUGGGGCUGUGCAUGUACAAGCUGGAGUGCCUCAUCCAGGAACUGCUGCCGGACUUGUACCUGCACUUUCAGACUCAGAACUUCCACACGUCCAUGUAUGCAUCCUCGUGGUUCUUGACGCUCUUUACGACGUCUCUACCUCUGUCUCUUGCCUGCCGUAUCAUGGAUAUUUUCAUAUCAGAGGGAAUGGAGAUGAUAUUCCGGGUGGGGAUGGCCAUUCUACAGACUAGUCAUGAGGACCUGAUGUCUCUGGACAUGGAGGGCAUGCUUAAGUACUUUCAAAAAGAUGUUCGUGCAAAAUAUGAAAAUGACACUGAGCUCCUUCUCAAAACAGCAUAUCAAGUUCGAUAUAGUACCAAGAAGAUGAAAAAGCUGGAGAAGGAGUACACUGCCUUGAAAAGCAAAGAAAAUGAGGAACAGAUAGAACUGAGGAGGCUGAGAACAGAAAAUAGAUUACUCAGGCAAAGAAUUGAUAAUCUUGAAAAGGAGUCUGCAUCUCUGGCAGAUCGACUUAUUCAGGACCAGGUCAUUCGGGCCCAGGAGGCCGAGGAAAUGUAUGCUCUGAAAAAUGAGCUCUCCGUUCUCAAACAGUCUCACUAUGAAGCUCAGAAGAAACUAGAAGAUGCUGACAUACUCAUUGCUGAAGUUAAGAGAAGAGGCAUAAAUGGUUUCAAAGACCUCAAUUGUGGACACUGGACUCAGUGCAUAGAUGAGGCGGAGUGUCUGACUGACGAGAGUGCCAAGACCGUCAUAAAACAGCUGCAGGAGGAGCUGAUCGGAGUGCGACUCAAGGAGACUGAGACCAACAUGCUCAUCAAGGAACUCAAGACCAAGAUCAAGGAACUGGAGGAUACAAACCUGAAGAUGCAGCGAGCUCCCAGCAAUGAUGUACAACACCUUCAGGAGGAGCUGAUAGCAGUCAAGCUGCGUGAAGCAGAGGCAAACCUGUCCUUGAAGGAGCUCCGCCAGAAAGUCAACGAGAUUGAGAGCUAUUGGGAGACGUACAUGGAGAGGCAGAACAGUGUGACGUCACCGAAGGAGAAGAGCAGCAAGCAGGAGAUCAAGCACCUGCAGGAGGAGCUGAUGACAGUCAAAGUGAGGGAGGCCCAGGCUCUGGCAGAGAGCAAGGAAACCAAGCAGAAGGUCAUGGAGCUUGAAACACAAAACCACAUAUGUACCAAUCAAAUUCGACGAAUGGACGAAGACAACAAAUUAUUGAAAACACGUCUUCAGGAAGCUUCGGAAUCUGAUCGGGAGAUGAAAACCACUAUUAAAGAGCUCUUACGUAAAAUAGAUGAUAUGGAGUCUAGGAAAAAAGAAGAGUCAAUGAUGGCUCGUAUUAAAGAGGCAGAAAACACUUCUAUGAUAGCUGAACUUAAACAGAAAAUAGCAAGCAUUGAAAUUCAGAAGGAGGAGAUGGUGGCUGCAGGCCGGCUACACGGGGAAGAGGACACAGGGGACCUGGAGAGCCAGAUCUUUGACUUGCAGGACGAGGUGAUGCAACUGAAGAUGACUUUCUCACCACCGAAUGGAGGCCUGCUUGGGGACAGUCUCUACAACGAUGAUUCAGCUGAUGAUGUUAGUGAAGCUUUGGAGGACUCCGAGAGUCUCAACCGAACUCUGUCAGAGCUUGUUGAAGGCAAGGGGAGCCCCUUGCUUCUAGAAAAUGGUGACAAUGACAGUGUGCCCAAUGGCAACUCUGUGAUUUCAGUAGGAGGGGAGGAGCUAGGAAAUGGCCUAGAUAGUAAAAAAGAAGUGCUGAAGAACGGAGGCAGUGCUGUGUCAACUACAGAGGAGUGUUCAGAGAGUGUCCCAGAUGGCUGAACUAUGAACUUGGUGCAUGCUGCAUGUUGUUGUUGUCUGUAGCCACUCCACCCCAAGAAUGCGUGUGUGUGCAUGCACGUGCAUGCUGCCCCACCAAACACGCUCCUCGUACAAGUGCCAAAUGUUGUCAAGGUUAUACAAGACAUUCAGAGCUCCUUGGUGCAGUCAGUCACAAAAGAUACAGCUUUUUGUUCAAAAUUGAUAUAUUUCAAAUAAAAUCAAAAAGGAAGAAUUACACUUUCAAAAGUGAAUGAUUGCCAAUAAUUCAUCUGGAAAUAUUUUACAACUCGACUAUUUGGUUCACAAACUUUCAGAAUUGUUUGAAUUUAUUGGUUCAUUUUUCAUAAGAGAAUUUCACGUAUCAUUGGUUUUUGUCAAAAGUGAAAAAUGAUAAUAAUUGACUACUUCAGUUUCAACCAAUCAGCAUUUCUAAAUAAUUGAAUACAGGUAAGCUAGCUCAGUCUUAACAGUAGAAAUCACAAUGGGAGGUACAGUUCACAAUGUUUCACAGAACUCUCCCUCAGAAGGUCAGUUUGGGCCUGGAAUAUACCCAUGUUUGUACCAAGACAAUCCUAGGGGCUCUGGAUGCUUGCCUGCAAUACUCAGACCGGAGUGAGGAAGAUGGUAUGCAGCUGGAUUGCAUUAUGUGGACACGGACAGACAAACUUCACUCAUUCACUCACUCACUCGCUCUCCACUUGUUUGUGAUAACUUAUUUAUGAAACAUUUUGAAAUGUUCAACCCAGCGUGUUGGAUAAUGAUGUGAUGAAAGUUUGUUGUCUUUCAAAUUUUAUUUUCAUGUAGAGUUAUCAGCUUUUAUUAUGCAAUUUCAGUGUUGUUAUUGGACAAACCGGACAUCUGUAUCAUAAUAUACUAACAUGAGGUGUGUUGAAGAAGCGGUUUUGGACAAGUUCUGCCAUGUCUCCUUGACAAAAGUGGAAGAAAAGCAGUGUUCACGAAUGGUGUUUCAAAGUAACAGGACAUUGGGUCCUGUAAGUUUCUGACCCAUUGAAAAUUCACAGAACCCAUAGAAUAAAAUUAAACACACGUU